AUGUACCGGUUGACAUUAUCCGACAUGCCAGUAUUUGACAUCCUGAAACCAGGACAAGAGGAGGGCACUUACAACAACUUGCUGAUGGAUUGUUCAAGCAUGGGCGAAUACCUAGAUGUCCUCUCCGCUCAUGACUGGUUGAAGGAUGCUGACUGCAAGUCAUUGGAUUUGGGAUUUCCCUUGUCCGAUGAUGACCAGAUGACCACCAUCAACAAUCAACCAGAGUCAGACAUCUUGGACAUGGAAUUCCCUACAUCGUCUGAUGAUGACCGGUCAAAUGAUGAGACGUUGGACCUGGGCUUUCCUCCAGAGCCCGACAUUGCAGGAGAACCACUUGAUUUGGGGUUUGAUGUCAACCCUCCACCUCAGCCGGCCGGCACCACAGACGACGGGGCUCUGGAGAUGGGCUUCGACUCGCCGGACAUGGGGAAUGAUGUUCAACUCAAAGAAAACCCUUUAGAGAUGGGUUACGAGGUGGAUCCGGCACAUGAUGUUCCGGAUCAGUCAUUUGCUGUCAGUCGACCGGAUCCCAUUGGAUUUGUGAUUCAAAGGGCUGUAGGUGAUUUGCGUGUAGCAAUGCACCGGUUGGAUAUGGACCGGGCUGGUGAUACCAUGUCGCCGGAUGAAGCCUUUGUGAUACAGCAAGUUCUUGACUGUGCACAAGAGUUAUUGCUGGCGUGCCAACUAAUCUCAAUAUCUCAACUGUUGACGUGA